UUACUCAUUUAUUUGUCAUUUACUAUCUAAUUAGCCCAUGAUGGGACAUCUACAAAUAUAAAUGUAUUCAUAACAUUACAUAUAUGUUGGGAACUUGGAAGGCUUGUAUGUAGUGAUCGUUGUUAGUUUGCUCAAGCUUUGUGGCAACAUGGAACCCUCCUCCCAAUCUCUGGCAAUUGAAAGUUUCUCCCGCAGUUGGCUACUAACAAGUGUGAAUUCCUCCUCCUCCUCGGAUUGUUUACAAGCCUCGCUCAGACCAUCCAUUGAUGGGUUUUACGAUCUCAACUCCAAACAAGUGGAUUACAAGAUGCUGCGCCCCAGAAGAUCAACAUCAGAAGAAGAAGAAUCACACAAGUUCUGUUUCGACAUUCCAGCCUCUGUCUCUGCUGCUGCAGGAGGAGGAACAACGGUUGCCCCAGCCGACCAGCUUUUCUCCAAUGGAGUCAUCAAGCCUUCUUGUCUCUACAACGAAUUAGAAUCACACACGUCGAAGCCGGCAGCUCCUCCUCCUCCUCCUCCUCCUUCCUCUGCCUUGGGCGCCGCCAACAAAAGGGCGGUUUCUGCAGUCAACAUCCAGUGUCAAGUUCUGGGAAGAUGGAGGAAGCUGUCUGGCCGCGUCCUGUUGAACUACUUCCGGCGUCUGAAGUAUUCGUGGGUACGGAGCUCCAGCUCCAGAAAGUGUAUAAGUGGGGCGGAUGAUGCUGCUGCAGCUGCUGCUGACAGAAGAAUUCUGCAAGUCAAUAAAAGCAGCUCGCCGCAGGUCUCACCAAGAAGAAGCAGCACGGCUUGUUCACCGGAUGAUGGUUGGUCCGAGGCUGAUUCCUCUAUCUAUGAGGCAGUCCUUCACUGCAAAAGGUCAAAUAGGUAAUACUCUGAAUUCAAUACACACAUUUUACACCAAAAUUUGAUGAAGCUGGACUGAAAAAUUGCUCAUAAACUAAUCUCGUGUCAUGUGCUUUUAUGUCAUCAGGUAAAUGACUGCAAAUAUGAUGAUGAGCUUAUACUUUACAAACUACAUAGCAAAAUAUUGAUAAGCCACUUUGAACUGUUCAAGACGGUUAGUACUUCACUUUACAGCAGCUCCUAUAUCCCAGCUUUCAUUCUGUUUCACUCACUCUUUGGAAUUCAUUGAUGUACUCUUGUAUUUAACCAUUCAUGCAUCAAUAAUACCUCAUGGGUUUGCACAACCUUUCAUGGUAUCGGAGCCUCAUCUUUACUCAAACAAGUCUCUUCUUCUUCUUUCUCUGUUAAGUUGUUCCUUCUUUUCUUUCGCAACCAUGACCAUCAAAUCCCCAGACUCUUCUUCUUCUGCUGGUUCUGCCUUCUAUGCUUCUGCUUAGGGCUGAAAAUUGCCCUGAUCCGUCCCUGACUCGGUCUGACCCGUCUCUGAAGGGUUAAGAUGUAUAACUGACAAAUCUCCAGCGGCUGAUCCAGAACAUAGUAGAACACUAGGCCGGGCCGCAUUUUGUUAGAAAAUUAUAUACCAUAAAAAAUUCAAAGUUUUUUUACAAUAUCAAUUGUACACAUCGAUCUUUUAAUAUAGCGAAUUUAUCGAU